GAUACCAAAGUAAAGAGCUCCAGAAGUCUUUGAGCCCAUUCAUGCACAUCCCUUCUCCACCUCCCAUCACUCAGAAGAAUGGGCCAGAGGGCCUAAAGAAAACAGUGCUGUAAACAGGACCAUCUUUGAUCUUGACCGUCUUUUCUUUUAGGAGUCUAGGGACAUGAUUCUUCCUGAAGUGGUGCCACCUGAAAAACUGCAUAAAGAGGCACUGGAAAGUAAGGAAUCACCAGAAAAUAAGGAGCCACCGGAAAAUAAGGAGCCACCUGAAAAUAAGGAGCCAGCAGAAAAUAAGGAGCCACUGGAACAUAAGGAGCCACCGGAAAAUAAGGAGCCAGCAGAAAAUAAGGAGCCACUGGAAAAUAAGGAGCCACCGGAAAAUAAGGAGCCACCGGAAAAUAAGGAGCCAGCAGAAAAUAAGGAGCCACCGGAAAAUAAGGAGCCACCUGAAAAUAAGGAGCCAUCGGAAAAUAAAGAGCCACCGGAAAAUAAGGAACCACCAGAAAAUAAAGAGCCAUCAGAAAAUAAGCCACCAGAAAAUAAGAUAGAUACUACUGCUAAUGACAAGAGUGUCAGUUAUUAUAAAGAUAUAAAACAAUAUGUGUUAACGACGCAAAAUCCAAAUGGCAGCCAGUAUGAAAUAUCCGUGAGAGCAACAACCAGUUUGCAAUUUGUUCUAAGAAACUAUAAACUCAAGGAAACAACUACAACAUCUCCUGGGAGAGCCACCGAUGAAGAACCUCCUCAAAAACAAUAUCGAAGACCAACCAAGCGUCCAAAUGAGCCUGCAUUUUGGACAAUGUUAGCUAAAGCUUUAAAUGCAACACUAACAGCUGAGGAGCUUGAGGAAAAAGAUCAAUUAUUUCACCCAAUUCCAAAGUCUGAUUUGAAUGCUACAAAAGAAGACAACGUGACACAGCUACAGGAAAUCAAGUUAAAAUUAAUGCUGGGCAUCUCAUUGAUGACCCUCUUCCUUUUUGUCAUCAUCUUGGCCAUCAGCAGUGCCUUGCUGUACAAAGUGAAGAGAAUGAAUUAUAAAAGUCCAGUUAAGACUGAAUACUCCGUCAACCCAGAGCUGGCAACUCUGUCUUACUUCCAUCCAUCAGAAGGCGUAUCAGACACAUCUUUUUCUAAGAGUGCUGACAGCAGCACAUUUUGGGGCGCUACAUCUUCAGAAUUGAAAAAAGAAGACUCAGUGUCAAAAUCUAGAAUGACAGACAUGAUUUCCACAGCCUCAGAUGAUACAGGCAUGAAUGAUGAGUCAGAUUUAAUUCAGAGUGAGGAGCCAAGCGAGGAAGCUCCCACAGAUGAAUAGAUGUUAAAUUUGUGUCAGAAGGCAAUUUCUUUGUGAUUCUCAUUAAGGUCAUGAUUUGGAAACUCUGCUGAGAAAUUUAAAUUUUCUGAUGUCUGAAAAGGAGGACAUAUUCAAUAAAAUUAUCUCAGCCAUAAAAGUUGUAUAAUGGAAAAAAUGCAAGAAAAUAAAUUAAGGUGUUGAAAACUCAUCCAGUAAAAAUAAUCCUGGACAGUGACUUUGAAAAGUAUUCACUCUAGGCUGGUUCCCUUUAAAAUGAGGACAUUUAGACAUCUUAUCUGCAUUCUGAGGACUUUCAGGGUAAUCACCACUACCUACGCCCUUCCCUCAAAGCAAAAGGAACACACCUGUUUGUGUUUUACUGGUGAAACAGUUGUGCCCUAUCAAGAAAUAAAACUAAAUUAGUA